AUGGCUGAAAAGGAGGCAAAGAUUGAAUACGUGACAGAACCUUGCCCUAUUAAACCUCGUAAAAUAGGUCCACAGAAUAUAGUAUUACGCCUGAAACGUCGGGAAACAUUUGGUUGUUCUUAUCCAGGAACACACGUACACUGUGCUAGACAAUUUUAUCAAAAUGUAUUUCCAAAUUUCACUGUUAUGAAUGUGGAGAAACCUCCGUGUUUCCUUAGGAAAUUUAGUCCUGAUGGUCGUUAUUUAAUAGCAUUUAGCGCAGACCAAACUUCUAUAGAGGUUUAUGAAUAUCGUGGUGCAUCUGCGGCUGCUGAUUUAUUAGCAAAUUGUGAAGGCGAAUAUAUUGGUCAUAAGAACGACGAAUGUAGUUUCCAAAUUAGAAGGAACAUUUUUAGUCGAUUUUUUAAGGCUAAAUGGAUUGUUAAUGUGGUUCAAAGUAAUGAACAGUUGAACAGAGAAUGCAGUUUAUUUACAGACGAUGGCCGGUAUGUAAUUGUUGGUUCAGCUGCACAUAUUCCAGAUGAAUUGAGACCACAUUUUUAUCAGAUUUAUUCUAACAAUGAAGCGCUGACUCCAAAUCCUAGAUCACCUCUUGAAGAUUAUAGCUUACACCUUGUCGAUUUACACGGAGGGAAAUUGUGUGAUACUAGACAUUUUAAAGUAGAUAAAAUAUAUUUGUCUCAUAAUCAGGGUCUCUAUCUUUAUAAAGAUAUAUUGGCAGUACUGUCUGUACAACAUCAAACCAUUCAUAUAUUUCAAAUCCUUGAUGGAAUGUUUAUCAAUGUUAGAACAAUAGGAAGGUUUUGUUUAGAGGAUGAUGCGUAUUUGGUCAGAAGUGCAUGUCCAGGAGUGAACUGUCGUCCGUUUAGAGAUGUCACAAUAAACUGUCUUAAACAUAAAUUAUUAGUUUAUUUGUACAAAAGGGCGGCAUAUAUUAGCGAUACAACAAAGGAUCCAUAUGAGUUGAGACGUUUUUAUCAAUAUUUUGACCAAUUAAACGCAUUGCGAAUGUGGAAAAUGCAGUUAUUAGAUACAAAUCAUGUUCUUGUGAGAUUCGCAAGUGAAGAAGUGGCGACGCUUCAGGCAAACGAACCUAAUGUACAACCUGCACUUCUGGUAGUUUAUGAUAUGGUCACUGCUAAAAUAUUAGCUGCAUAUGAUAACACAUCCACACAAUUAUUAACACAAUUUGAAAACUUCAGUGAUUUCUUCAGGAAUGCUAGAAUGAGUGGUGAUUGUCAGUAUAUGUGUUCUCCAUCUAACAAUAUAUAUGCAAGAUUGUUACAACAGAGAUUUAAACAAACAAUAAUAAGUGCCAGAUACGGUGGUGUUACAGAAGCUACGAAAAGAUUACUUGCUCAAUUGCCUAUAUGCGCUCAAUCCUACUCUAGUUCUCCGUACCUUGACUUAUCCCUAUUUUGUUACGAUGACAAAUGGGUAUCUAUGAUGGAGCGUCCCAAAGCUUGUGGCGAACACCCUAUACGGUUUUACGCUCGUGAUUCUGGUCUUUUAAAAUUUCGAAUGUAUGCGGGAAUGUUAGGUCGUACAACACCUACAGCUGCGAGACGACUAGUUGCAUUUACCUUCCAUCCAACAGAUCCAUUUGCUAUUUCUGUUCAACGAACAAACGCAGAAUACAUCGUCAGUUUUCAUGUUAGGCACGUUUAACUUUUCAUCGAAGUAUUUCAACGUAUUACAUUUUUCCGAUGAAUACGAUCUCAUUGUACAGUUUCAAUAAUAAUCUUAUCUUUUCCGAACUGAAGAAUUAUUAAAAAAAAGUUGAUGUAUAUGUAAAUAAUUUUAUUACGAAAGUACGAUUAAUUGGAUUUUGUACUUCGUUGAUACUUCCCUUACUCUUCAUUAACAGUAGAGCUUCGUAUAAUCUUGGAUAUAACAUUCUAUGUUCUAUAAUCCUCAGUAUAAUAAAUAUACGUUAUAUAACUUUCACGAGUUACGCAUACAUUAUAUGAAACUGUUGUCAGCCAUUCUUCUAUUAAUGAAGCAAUUUCAAAUGAUCAAGGUAUUAAGCCAUUUGGAAAUAUGUAAUUUAGUGUUACAAUAUUUUAUUAUAUACCGACUGAUAUUAAAUUUAAAUGUCGAAAUCUUUUUGUUACACGAAUUUUAAAAAUUUGAAAGUACCAUACAUGUAAUAAAAGUAUGUACAUUAUAACGAA